GAGAGAGAGAGAGAGAGAGAGUGUGUGUGUGUGUGUGUGUGUGUGUGUGUGUGUGUGUGUGUGUGUGUGUGUGUGUGUGUGAUAUCGCAGACGUCACAGCCUGCCGUUGGUCCAGUUCAGUUCAGAUCGGAUCAGAUCAGCCAUUGGUUCUCCGGAGCUUAACGGAACUAGACCCGGACGAGGGGGCUCUUUAACCCGGCACAGUCCGGUUGAGAGUCCGACACGGGACACUUGAUUAUUUCUUCGGAACCCGGAAUAAACACCGCGAACAGCCGGGGCGGAGGGAGGGAGGGAGAGAGGGAGGCAGAGCCGCCGUUAACGUAACAUUCGUGACGUGGGUCCGCCCGGGCUGCCUCUCCGUUGGUUCACCGCCACGCUGUCUGCCCCUCCGCGGUGUUUACUGAGUAAUCGAUCGACCUGAUCGGUGAAAUAAUCGUGGGAUCUUGAAGUCUGAGAGGAUGGAGAGGAAGAGAACGGACUGUCCCGCUCUUCCGCCCGGCUGGAAGAAAGAAGAAGUGAUCAGGAAGUCCGGACUGAGCGCAGGGAAGAGCGACGUUUACUACUACAGGUAUCGAUCAGUCCCACAAGAACCUGUGAUCGAUUAGUCGACCUGUGCUUACUGAUCUUCCAGCAGGCUCUUAUUUUUAUGUUGUGGAUCUCUCCUGAUGGAGCUGGUCAGAAAGUGUGUAGGGUAUCAGUAACUGACAGGAGUUUGAGAGUAACGUCAGCUGUUAUCUGGUAGUCAACACAGUGUCAGAUAAACUACAAUAGAGAGAAAAAAAACCUUUAAUACAUGAAUAAUAUUCCUGCUUUAGUGACCCUGUGGUUUAAAACGAGCUGUUUACUCUUCAGGGCCAGAACCAUAAUUUGCUGAGGUCAGGAGUUCCCACGCCCAGACCCAACAAAAUACAAGAGCUUUACCUCUUCAUGUUUGAUCCAGAAGUUACUCCUGUUUAUCUGAUGUCCAUCUUGAAUCACUUGUUAUUGUGUAGGUCCUAAUGCAGUGUUUGCUACAUGGAUGACUCAGUGACUGACCCUGGCUCUGUGUUGCCUGAUGUGGUUGUUUGUAUUUGACUGGCGCUCUUAAGGGCCUGUGCUCUCUGACAUCUUAUUUUGCACUGUCAGCGCCCACAACCUCAACUUUAAAACUCGUCCUACUGCUUGGUAAAAAAGUUGGCUUCUGGCUGAGAGAGUCCAAAGGCAACAAAUUUACCAUCCUUUAAAUAAAAGUUGAAAUUCGGAUAGUAGAGCAUUAUAGUAUUAUAGGAAGAGCCAUUAAACAGGGCUACGGCCCCGUCCAGUGACGAGUGGUUGUGCUUCAGCUAAAACACAACAUAUGAUCUGAAUUUUAGGCUAAAGGUCCUUUCACAUCGGGACCGUUUCUGUUGAGCGUCAAUAUUCUUUUUCAAACCCAUAUCCUGUCAAUACAAGCGUUCACAUCAGCGAAGUUUUCUUGCGAUAUUGCAGCAUUUAUUUUUUGGAUCAUGGUCGAUUUUUCUAAAGUUUUGCAUACUGUGUGUCCACUUCUGACCAAUCAGGUAGCAUGUUGUUGUGACGUCUGAUCCACUGGUAUAUCGAACAUGGCCGACUGGCUGAUUGUUUAUGAUCGUUUACACAAACAUUACAAAGAUAACGACCUGAAGGACAACUUGUGGAGAGUCAUAGCGUCGGAUCGCUCAUAUGACGAUGGUUUGUGUGCUUUUUAACAGUUUGCUAAAUGUCUUUGUUUUAACUUUCAUCUGUGCUAACGUAAGCUAACGGUUGUUACCACAGUUUCAUGUGCUUAUCUUAUCGCCUCUGAUUGGCUAUAAGUGCUGACCAUUUGGCUUGAGCGUGUGAUGAUGUUUCCAGCUUUUCUAGCCAAUCAGAGGCGAAGGAGGCGGGACUUCCCUGGGAUGCAUAUUUUCCCCCCCGGAAAGUCGCAAAAUCGCAUCAGGCUUGAUGUGUAAAGUCAGGCCCAUCAAAAUUCACCUCCGAAUAUUUCGUAAUUUCGCGUUCCAUAUUCGUGUCGGCCCUGGUGUGUAAGGACCUUUACAGUGACAAAAGUAUCAAUAAUUUGUUCAAAUAACUACUAGCUCUGGUUCUGAAUAGCGAGGGGGAUGUCAUUAAACAUGAUAAAUGCAAUUAACUGUCCUGCUUACAGCCUUUUACCUUCUCUUGAAAGGGACCUUGAAGUCUGCUUUAAAUUUUUUGCUUAAGUUUAAGAAAACUUUACAAAGAAAGCAAAGUUAAGUUUCGUAGCAUUAGCAGCAGCUCUAGGCUUGGAAUCUGUUCCCUUAUUUGGUAAACAUUAGUGUGAGGAGUCCUGCCCUUUCUUGUUUCUUUUUUUUUUAGUCGGUGAGAGAGAGCUGACGUUUGUGAACCUGGUGUUGAACUGUUUCAGCUGAGUGCUCAUGAAACAUCUGAUGCUGAAAGAAAAUUUGUGCUUAGGAUGUUGAAUCUAUCAGAACUGGUCUAUGAAAGAAAAUAGGCCCCUCCAGUUCAGGAAUGCUGUCAGUGUACAUAGGCCCUGAGAGUAAAACCUUUGAUUUGGGAUAAAAUGUUCCUGUGACUUGAUAAAUCAACAAACAUGGAGAAAGUACCUGUCAUAGAGGUUUCCUGAUACUUUCUUGCCUAUCAUGCUGUCUAGUUGCUGUAACACAAUCUGUCUUAUUGCUAAAACGCUUGCAUGUUGGUCUGUGUGCAUGCUACAAGGCUAAAAGUGCGAUUAUUUUGUAUUGUUGUGUUCGUCAUGGUCAUUUGAAGACCUUGCGUCUAACUAUGCAAAUUCUCCCAGAAAAGACUGAACAAAAAAAAAAAAAUGCUUCAGCUGAGUCAUGAAAAACAGACUAAAUUAAAUGCCCAGCCAUUCAGUGUUCUGGUGAAAUCUGUUCUCGGUCAGAUAGUGUUUCCUGUUGUGGAACAAAAAGGUGAAAACAUUCCUUGUGUGUAGACAGGGAAUGACGAAACUAUAAGUCAACAUCCCUCCCGUUCUGUCUGGUAUGUGUCCUCUUUUCCCCUUUUUAAGAGCAGUUUCUCCAGGCUAUAUGAACCGAAGCCUUAAACAUCACAGCACUGGGCUGAAUAGAACAAGCAGUACCUAGAAACUUUGAUUUUGGUGAGUUAAGAGCAAAUCUAAAGCCUCGUAGCUUUCAAGGCUUUCAUUUUUUUUUUUUUUUAACAAACCCACAGAAAUGUUAACAAGUCAGGAAACGUCAGGGUCUGCUGCCACACAAGGUGCCAAACUGUAUGUUGGCACCAUUCAGAAGACAGUUUUUUCAAUUUAUAACUUACUCCUUUUCUAUUGAGAGGAAUCAAUAAUGUGAAAAACACCUUCAGCUGUUGCUGAUAUUCUGUUCAAAGCCUCAAAUUGUUUUUUUCAUGCACCAUCUGUUGAUUUAACAAAGAACCAGGAAAACAAAACUGUUUCAGUUUUAAUUUCUCGUCUCAGUCUUCACUUAAUUUGAAAAUUUGCUGCGAAACUUACAGACACAAAAAAACGCAACCCAAAGCAGGAGUGCAGAGGCUAACGGGAAUGAGGAGAGAUUUUUUUAUGGUAAUUUGUCUGACUUUGAUAUUCUACUGUAAUUAUUCUGACUGGAUUUAUCAGCAAAAGAAAUGUGGUGAAGCAAGGCCACGACUGUAGCGGCAGGCGUGCAAUGAAUGCAUCCUCACUCACAGCUCUGCAAGGAGACUAACUCAGCUUUCUUUGACCCUUUAUGACACUUUUUAAAUUAUUUAAGCUGGACCUUUAGACCUUGAUAUAGUCAGAGACUCAUCUUUCACAAAUGCAGACCACAGCUUGAGUUUAUGACCCCUAUACCCCUCUUUGUACACACUUCUGCACACUCCAUUUACACACACUGUUUGCAAGGAUGGUCCACCACACUGAGUGUUGUGCAAGACCUCAGAGUGUUUAGUCAAAGGGGGUUUUUGGACCCUCAUAUCAGUCUGCUCUGAAGCUGACGUACUGACCAGGGGUGACGUAGUUAAUGCUUUGUAACGCAGGAAGCACUGUAAACUGAAGCUCACAUUUAUAGCACGUGCCGACAUAGGUUUAUUUUAUCAAGAUGUGAAUAGUACAGUCUUACAGAAGCUCAAAUGUAAAAGUUUAGAACAGAAUAAAGAUUCGUUUUGUUUUCAAUUGUUUGUAUUUCAAGAGUUUGACACUUUCAGAGGGUGAGAAAAUGAGCAGAAAACCACAGAAAAGAUUUUUUUUUUCUUCUUGUAUUGUGGAGGGAUUUUAGUGAUCCUGCUAUAGUUAUUUAUGCUGUAACCAUGGUUACAUAAAGUUCCAGCUCUGGUGGGGCCAGUUUGUCGCAGAGCUUGCAGCUGUAUCCGAUCCCUUCACCUUGACAAAGGACACUCCAUCCUGAUGCAGGAAUAACUUCAGUAAGCGAUAGUGGAAGUGAGAAAAACCCCAUUUAGUUCAGGCAAUUAGGGUGAAAAUGUAUUCAGUGACAGCGGCUGCUUCUGCGUUAACGUCGCUACAACAUUUAUAGGAUCAUUUCAGCGAACAUCGUAGUAAAAAGUGUAAGACAGAUGUCUGAGGCGAGUAUGAGGCAGAGAAACUGGGCUCGGUGCGAAUGAUGCCAUCACACUGCCCACUCGCUGGUCGUGGAUGUUCCUGCCGUGUUCACACAUCAGAUCAUCCCACUUCCAUGCAGACUUCUACAUGAAGGCUGACAGAAAAUGAUCUGCCCAAAGUCGGGGUGAACAGAUCCAGACGUUUGCAUUCACAUAAGCACAUUGACCAGAAAAUGUCAGGAUAUUUUCAGGAGUGCAGAGCAUGCGCGACACGUCUAACAUAUCAAUAAAGGGAGGGCCAGUUUUAGCAACAAGGUGAUUCAAAGUGCUCAGAACAAAAGUCAGAAAACGACAUUGAAAGACAACAUUCAAAAUCAUUCAAACAAGACAAAGUCAUUAAGAUAAAAGUCAAACAGAGACAGAUACAGUAAAGUGUAGUUAAGAGGAAAAGAUCAUAAACAUUAUGAUAAAAAGAAGCUGCAAACAAGUGAGUCUCUAACCUUGAUUCAAAGAACUGAGUUUUAGUAAUCCUGGUGUUUUCUGGGAGUUUGUCUAGAUACGUGGAACCCAAAAUAUGAAUUCUGCCUCUCCCUGUUUGCUUCUGAUUGAGGGGAAAAAAAGCAGACCUGCACUAGAAAAACUUAAAGGCCGAGAUGGUUUGUAGCGUAGAGAAGCAUCAGCACUUUAUAAACCAGCAGCUGUGUUUUCAAACCUAUUCUCUGACAAACAGGAAGUCAGAGUAAAGACCUCAGAACUGGACUUGAUGUGAUCCACUUCCUUGAUCUUAGUGAGGACAUAAGCAGCAGCUAUCCGAUUUAUUUUUUUAUGAAGGCCUGUCAAGAGGCUGUUUCAGUAAUGAAAUCAACUGAAGACAAAUGCAUGGACCAGUUUUACCAGCUCUUCCUGGGACAUAAGUCCUUCAGUAGCUGCUAUAAUCUUCAAGUGAUCGUCAGCCAGCUCAGUAAAUGUCUUGAUGUGGUUUUUAAUUCAGGUCUUUGUCUUUGACUACACCCAGGUCUGGAGAACGUUAAAGCAAAUCCGGUCAGUUAUUUGUUUAAUGCACUCGGAGCCUAUGAAAUUAGUUAGAAUUUUUCCCAGAUCCUGUUUUAUUUCCUCCCAAAUUCUGUUUUUCCCUUGUGAAUAUUUUCUGAAUUCUGUGUUUUAGAGUGAGGCCACAUUUCAUCACUUUAACAGUGGACUGUUAUAUCAGUCUGUUUUUUGUCUUCCCACAAAACUUGAUUGUAGUUUAUAAUCACUGAGUUUCUUAUGCUGAGCAUUUCUGCACGUGAAUUUUGUGUGACGCAGUGAUCACUUCACUGAAGCAGCUUUCACAGAACGACACGCCUGCUGGCAGCAUUCAUCCAAUAUUCUGUGAACAACUCCAGCUGUUUAUCGGUGUGGCCAUGGUGUAAUGUUUAAUAAAUGUCAUUUUACCAACCAGUGCUGCUUACAGACGCAAUGUAUUCUCGGGUCACUGCAAACUCAAGAGCAGCAUAUGGACUUUAGAUUACUGUCCUGUAUUUUAUUCAUUCCAGGAGGUUCAGCGGUUUUGUCUGUUUUUGUCUGUUCCUGUCAGACAUCUCUUCGUUCUUUCUGCUCUGUUUUCACACAAACACCACCGCUAGUGUUUAUGUCUGAUUUAUUUAUCAACCUACUGGGAAAAAGACUCUUACGUCAAGGCAAAAGUUCUGCUUUGCAUGUUGCCCCCAGCUAUUUCCCCCCUGGACGUAUCACUUUUGUUGUCAUAUUACAUAAUUUUAUGAGUGUUGUCCUCAUUCUCAAAAUCACAGGGUCCUUUCAUGUUGUUAUGAGCCACUGUGAAAUCUUCUCAGUAUUUUUACUGCACACUCAAACUGAGAUGAGUACUUGAAUCAGUCUCUCAGAAUCAGCUGAAGUACGUGGUAGACCCCAAAAAACUGUCAUUUUUUUGUUUAAAAUUUGACCCUUAUUUGAACUCUGGGGGGAAAGUUCAUAUUUUAACUGUAAGGAGCUGUUCAAACUCAUAAUAACACCAGUGCAUCAGUUUGCCAAAGUAGCUCCAGCAGAGGGCGCUCUCAUGGUAACCUGACCAAUCCACGCACUCUUGACCUCAGUAAACUAACAUCUGGAACGGCAGCGAUUUUCGCCGUCCGCCAAUUCUUACCGGAUCCGUUUGUGAGGCAAAUUUCGUGGCGGAUUACGGACAGCAGGAAUCGCGAGAACUCACAAGAACCUGCGGAUUCAUGUGCAAUUGCGCGAUAAGAAGUUGUCUCUAGCCACAUACAGUAGGUUAACCAUAUAAGCAGUAGAUUGUGUCCUUCCAGAGGAGGAAAUCUACUUCUAGACUUCUAAAAUCAGCAUCUCCUCAUCCAUGGUGUCAUGCUUUCUAUAAACCUUUCACUUGUUCAUCCCCGCCUAUUUGCACGGUAUGAAAUACAAGCCAAAGAAGCUGGAUGUUUUGUUUCCAGCACAGGUUAAUCUGUACUGAAUUUGUCGGGCAUGCUCCUGCAUCUGGAAAAAAAUAGAACUCUUGCGAUCAGCUGCGGAGUCUGGUGAUCUGCAGCGGAACGGAAAGAAGCCGAUGGAAAUUAACACAUUAACUUCAAUGGUUACAAUCAGCUAUGAUCGGCGGGUACGGCCUUUUUCUAGCCGUUCCGGGUGCAGUGGAAACUGGGGCGAGAGACGUUGUUAUUGAAGUAUCUUUGAAUCUACAUCAUAGAUGGAAAUAUAAGAGACAAAACAAGGGCUGUAUGUCCACUUAGCUCCAGGCAGCUGUCUUACUCGUCAGCGAUGACACAUUUGCUGGCUCACCUGAUGGCUUGCCAUCCACGUGAAGCUGAAGUGGUGGAGGAGGCGACGGCGCAAUGGCAAGUGUUCAACACCAUAUGGCAGCCUUUUUUUGCAGCAGGAUCACUGCCAAAGGUCCACAAAAAGGCCAUCACUGAUAAAAUUGCAAUAUUGGAAUGUAUCCAAAAAUUUCCAUGAAAUGUUGGAUUUUUUUUUUUUGAAGCAUAAUUUCUGAAAAACUGACUGCCCAAGACUUGACCCUGUCUGCAGAUGAUUGCAGCCUGGCUCUCUGCAGCAUUUCACUAAAGCCUGAGUUAAUACUCCUCAUCGUGACAUCUACCUCAUACAACACUUCAUACAACACAGAAAUAUUCCCCUUAGAUCCAGUUGGAACAAGAGCGUUAAAUUGCUUCCUCUCGUAGUGGCCACUACUCUCAGCUGGAGCUCUCUUUAAAGCUGGUCAAAGUCUAGUCUGGAGUUUUAUCAUUCUCAUUCUCCUGGUUGUGUGUAUUUACAAUUGAACAGACAGCAGAGGAAAUGAUGUCAGAUGUAGCUUAUGUCUGUGGUGAAGCUGUGACGCCGCAGAGCCGCCGGCUGUUCUCAGAGGCUUGCUGCACUCUCUUCCUGUUGUUCGGCGGCGGCGGAGAUCAGAUUAACAGCUCAGAGUCAAACAUGUGAGCUCCGUCACAUCCUGAACUCUGAACAUGAAGGAGAGGCGUCCAUCAGAGAGCAGGGACCCGGCUUUACUUUCAGUUUGGCCUGAAAUGUGACUCAUCAGUUCCAGUAAGGAGACAAGUCAGCAGGUCGGCUUACUGGAAGAGCAGCAACACCCUGAAACAGCGGCCUGCACAGGCCUCUGCAGCCUCCACCUCUACGUCACACUCAUGCUGUUUAUCUGAAUCUUUAGCCACAAUUUACUCUAGCUGCUGAUUCACACAUUUUCCCGAAUAUUCUCAGGAAAUCUACAACCACAAAAUAGAGUUUAUUUGGCAGCUACAGGGACGAGCCUAAGUCAGAUGAAACACUAUACACACACGCACACACACACAGCCUCUGAUCUUUGCUGCGCUGCCGCUGACCUACAUGUCACACACAGCUGAAUAACUGUGUGUCUGCCCUCGUGCCUCUGUCUUUGUGAGGACCAGUAACACUUACAGACCUUCAGAGGGACCGAUAAAAGAGUUGGGAGUGCUGGUGCACCUCUGAGGUGUCUAAUCCUGGACUGACCUGGCUGACACACUUCUGCAGUUUGCAGUCAAAGUUGCUUUUUUUAGCUGCUGUAGAAAAGCACCCAGACUGGAUUACACUCUAAAUAGAUCCUUUAUUGAUCCCCCUGUGCAGUAAUAUGAAUAAAACUCAUAAAUAUGAAGAAAAUUAUCUCCUUUCUAGAGACCUUUUAUCCUACCAAAAUCACAUUUCUGACCCUUAUACUGACUGAGCUGAGCUGUUUCCAACUAGUUUGAGCAAAGAUAUGAUUUGCCUUUAUGAGUAACAGUUUCCUUAUAAAUGUCUUUCACUUAGGUCAGCGUGCAUUGCGAAACAUGAUGUGAUGCAUUGUGAGAGGGAAGCCCAUUUCCGCCAAAAACAAAAUCCUAAAUAUUUAGUUAUCAUGGAGAGAAAAAAGGAAAAACUAUGAGAUGAAAAGUCAUACAAGGUAGAAGUCAAAAUCCUAACAAAAUAGUAUUUUAUAAUAUUAUAGGUUUGACCUAAAAAUAUCAAUUUUUAUCUCAUAUAAUUGGCUCUUCAUCUCAAGAUUUUGACUUUACUCCUCACAAUUAAAUUUAUCUCAUGAUUUCAGCUUUUCGUCUCAUGAUAUUAACUUUCAUCCAAUAAUAUCAGCUUUUCAUGACAUAAUCAGUACUUUUCAUUUCAUUAUUUUUACCUUUCAUUUUUAAAAAAAUGAUGUUUUCUAUCCUACCUUUUCAACUUUUCAUCUCAUAAUCAUGACUUUUAACCUCUAAUUUCAAUUUAACAUUUCAUGACCAUGACUUAUCAUCUAUAGUUUCUACUUUCAUCCCAUAAAAAUUACAUCAUUGACUUUAAGCAGCGUUUUGACUUGAUGAAAAAGUAUGAAAUGACGCUUUCUGAUGCCAUGUUAGCCUUUAAAUUGUUACAAACAACCUGUCUCGAUGAGAAAAACAGACAGCUUGCACUGACAGCAUGCACAAAGUUAAAUUACUCAUCAGUGAAGUCUGCACUGAAACAGAUUUUUGGAGGGAAAACAUCAGGUUCAUCAAACAUUCAAAAGUGGUCAACAGAGGACACCGUUAUCGCGCAACAAUCCAUUUUAUAAGUUUGGCAAGCGGUUGAGAGGUGCUGUGUGUCAAAGCACAAUUCAUUGGGCGAAGGACUUCCUUCACAAACUGAACAAACAAGAUUAACUGAAGACGAAAGUGUGGAUAAAGUUAACAUCACAUUGUUGGCAGAGGAUCCCAUGCCUGACUCUUGAGAUCUUUCCUACUGAAUCCCUUGGGUCAGCCAUCAUAGACACUGAAUGUACCUGCACAGUAACAGUGAAACUUGCUGAGUAAAACAUCCCUCAAGAGAGCAGGAGCUGUUCUAGAUAUGGAAGACGACAAAGCAGUGAUGUUUAAACAACCAGUACCCUUGGAGUUCACUCACUCAGGUCACUACUGUGUGGACAUAAGAGACAAACAAAAGGGGCCAAAUUAAAGAUGUGAUAUUCACACCAACAGCCGAAGAAGAGGUCCUGUUAGUAAGAGGAAAUAUGUCCCCAGAUGAAAAGCACAAAGCUUAAGCUUUACAAACAGUUUGGCCAUGCAUUAGCAAACAGGCUGCAGAAGACUAGAGCUGCCUUACUGUUCUGCAACAGAUAGUACAUGACUGUGACAUAUGUCAGAGAUACAGCAAAACUAAGCAGAAGCCAGCUGUUGUUCUGCCCCUAGCUUUGGGGUAUGAUGAUACUGUGGCAGUGGACCUGCAUGAGCUGGAGCUAAACGUAUGAUACAUAUCAUCAACCAGUUCACUCGCUUAAGUGAAAAUGAAGAAUUCCUCUGAAAUAGUCGACUCCUUCAUUCAGACACGGAUAAGUGUUCAUGGACCUCUGUGGCGUCUCUUUAGCGACAAUAUGGUGGAGAAUUUCAACACCGAGAUAAGAAGAACAGCGGGAUACAGUCCCUGGAGCAACGGACUGAUGGAGAAACACAAUCAGGCUCUCACAGACAUUAUCCUUAAGGUGAAAUGGGACAGUAAAUGUGACUGGCAGACUGCCCUAGACUGGGCCCUCAAGGCUAAAAACUGUAUGCACAGUGUUCACAAUUAUUGCCCACUUCAACUAGUUUUAGGCAAAAUCCUGACUUUCCCUCUGUACUAGUUGAUAAGUCACUAUGCCUCUGGAAAAGCUUUCACAGAAGCUGAAUGUUCAGAGACGUUAAAGAGGGCACUGCAUAAGCAGCUCAGACCCACAGAUGAAAAAUAUGAGACGGGGGAUAAAGUCUCUUACAAACGAGCAGACAGUGCAGGGACCAGGGGUCGUUAUUGAUCAGAAUGGAGCCGUUGUUUUUGUAAGAAAUGGAGGCUUUCUUGUUAUAAUGCGUCACUCAAGGCUUAAUAAGAAGAGGGAGAUGGUUAAUGCGUUGUAACCACUGCACCCCCUACACUCCCUCAGAGACUAAGGUUCACACAUACGUGGUGUGCAGCGCUGUGACGUCGGUGUUCAGGAGGGAAACUGUAACGGUUCUCUGGACUAAAAAGUUAUUGAAAAAAUAUUAACGUGUUUUUUGAGUGGAAGUCAAAAAGGAGUGCUUGAAGUUUUUUUUAUCUAAUCCAAAAAUAUAAUUGUUAAAGGACACUUCAUUUCAUUUAUUAUAAAAAGUGGGUUUAGGUGGAUGUAAAAUUAAUCUCUCUACUCUCUCCAUCUUUCAGUCCCUCAGGUAAGAAGUUUCGAAGUAAACCUCAGCUGUCCCGUUACCUUGGAAACAAGGUGGAUCUGGGAUGUUUCGACUUUCGAACGGGGAAGAUGAUGCCGGGGAAGAUGCAGAAGAACAAGCAGAGACUUCGAAAUGACCAGCUCAACCUGGCCAAGGUAUCACUGCUGCAUCACACCUGAGGGGGCGGGGCUUAUGGCUAUGCUGGGGUUGUGAUGUGCAUGAGAAGAUUAUGGGAUUAACACUGCUCUUUAAGCAGCAAGUUCACAGGUCAGCAGGUCACGGUUCAUUCAGCAAAGAGUCAGAGUUUAAUCUGAGAGGGAAACAGCAGCCGCUGACAGAUGAGCUUUCUCUCUUUGUUCAUGCUACGCUGGAAUUAUUGAACAUGGCUGACUGAAACGCCACUUCAGUCUCUGUGACUUUCUUUAAUGUCUGAUGACUUUCUCAGAACAGUGUCUUGAUUAAGACUUGUUGGUGUUGGACGCAGACUUCUACUUGUCUUGUAAAAUGAUGUGGCUUUGAUUUUUCUCAUACUAUUGUUGUCUCAGCUUAGACCUGUUCAGUCCUGUUAGACAAGUCUUAGUCCCAGCACCGAGGGUGUGAGCAGGCGUCAUUAACUGGUCUUACUGGGACACUGACUUAUGCAGGGGUGGCAUCAAGUAUGUGUGCGCACAUGAACAAAACAUGUAUUUGGCCGUCUAUCUCUGCUCUAAUUACUCUGUCAAAAGCUUGACAGUGCGACCGUUUCAUGUAAACAUGUAAAUACUGCAGUGAAGUAGGUUGUAUAUUCGACGGACAUUCAUCAGGAUCUAGUGGUGUCUUCUCACGCUCCAUAACCGGGAAUAGCAACAGCAGCGCAGUUAAAUCCACUCUGCAUCCUCGCUCUCAACGUCCAGUGUUAAAUAAGGGACCAUCAAUAAAUUACCUGUUGAUGUUCUCCAAAAAAAGCUGUUUUCCUUCAAUAGUUUCCAUGUCAUGUGACCAAUUGACCAAAAAUUGAUUUCAAAUAACAAUACUAAGGUCGGACAGUAGACACACCUAAUUUGUCCUCUAAACAUUUUUUGUGUUAAAUUUAAAGGCAAAUUUUGAACAUUUCCUUCAAUAGCUUCCAUGUCAAGUGACCAAAAGACCUAAAAUUAAUUUCAAAUAAUAGUACUUAUGUCGACCAAUAAGACAAACAUUAUUUGAUCAAUUUUCAUUGUGCCCCUAAAGUUCUUUGUGUGGUCCUUACUUUUUCAACUUAGGUGCACAUGUGCUUCUAAGUUGAAAAAAGUUAGUGUCAAGCCGUGCUCUUAAUUCUUUGAAAAACACAGUAAGUGAUAAAAAAUAAAUGAAAUAAAAUAAAACAAAACUUAAUCUUUGUAAGGCUUUGAAAAAAGUCAGAUGAAAAACUCCUAAAAGAAACCAUAUAUCGUUUCUUCAUUUUAGGAGCUUUGGCUUCAUUUUGGUUAUAAAACUCAAGAAAUUAAAUUCCAGAUUUUACUUGUAAAAUAUUUUAACACUUAGAUUUGAUCACAGGCUGCAGAUCGAACAAAUCAUUUUGUCUUUUCAAGCCUUUAAGGUCCUUUAUAACGUAAACACUUGGCUUGUAUUUUAUUACGACUCUGGAUAAUGACUCUCACCUUUUAGCUCGUUAGUGCUUGUGAUUGCUAGCCUCUCUCUCUCUCUCUCGUCCUGCUCUUUCUGUCCCUCUGCUUUUCAGACACACACAGAUACACACACACCUGCCUCCUCCUGCUCCUCUCCCUGAUCUCCUCUCUCCACCUGUGGUUGCCUGAUAGUUUGUCCCGCUGUUGUGCAAGGUGUUGAAGAUUAAUUUGAGAGAAAGCUUCCUCAUGCUCCCAAACUUCAUUUUACAGCCACUUAUAAUGUUGUGAAAGUGAGAGCAGUUUGAGGGGAGGGGCCGUGCCCACGCUCUGCUGUUAAGAAAGAGAGAAAGGGUGCUCUUCACUCGACGCAUAGUCUCCAUUAUCAUAUUUUUAUGAUCAUGAGGGGCUGUAAUCGUACUUGAAAACAAAGUCCAAUAAAUAAUAAGUUUAUCACAAUUGAUAGAGCAGCUGAAACCCCACAGGCUUUUCCUCAGGCCACCUACAUAGUUAUGAGUAAAGUCGAGUAAGUAAAGAGACAAGGCAAAAGUGGAAUAUUAAUAACUUUUUACAGCAGAGUGCAUUAAAAUGUGUGGAUGUUUCGGAUAGACACCACUGCAGUAUUGGCAUUUUGUUUACUUCUGGUAUCUACUCAGAUUGGCUGGAAGCUGCUGAAGCAUUCCCACAGCAUGAGAAAUGAUGAGCGUCUUCCCUUCAGGGGGGACAGUGUGUUCUGUACAUUGAUGCACAUGGCAGAGCAGAUGUACAUGUUAUUCAAAUCACCAGCCAAGCUGACAUCAGACAUGAUAACUAAUACUCUGCGUGUUUUACAUCAGAGGAAAGCGGGCUGUUAAUACGGAGUGUGUUACAUGCACUGCAGAGUUUGUAUAGACAACCGGCGUGGGCUUCACUGACUGCUAAAAAAAUGAGACUCUCCAGCUUACUCACCCUUUUUCUGUUCUACAACGUUCAACAGCUGUAGUCUUAGUCAUUCAAGAACACAGCACAGAAAGAGUGUAUCAUCACUCAAACGCAAAACAGCUGAUUUUCAAAGUGCAGAUCCUCCAUACAACCACAUCGUCAGAGGGACUGCAGGUGCACUUCAUGUAAAACUCCUGACAACUACCUGGGGUGCAAAAUGCGUGACAGCACAGCUCCCUACUUUUCAUACCUCUCAGGACUAACAAAACCUCAGUCAAGACUACUGAUGGUAGAAGAUGAGCUGAUUUAUGUUGACACUUGCAAAGUGAGUGCAUAAGUGAAACAGCUGUAUAUGGAUGUAAAGCUGGAAUGAGAUCAAGAGAAAAAUUCAUAAAAUACAUAUUUUAAGUUUUUUUUAAUUUCAUUAGAUAUUCCUUACCCAAUUCUGAUUUAAAACUGAUUGAACAGAACUGCAACAGACACCUAACAGCCAAUCAGACACCAGGAUUUUCUUGCUAGUUUCUAUAGUAGGUCAGAGCGUUCUCGAUGUGUGUUUAUUUCUGUGUAUGUGUGUGUUUGUGAUGUAGUGUGUUUUAAAUGGAGAUAACAGCCGCUCUGUCUCCUCCCCUCACAGCACAGUUAAGGUGAAGAAACUCCUCAGAGUCGGAAACAGUUUUAUCUUAGGACAAGUGGAAAGUUCAAAUGAGGAUCAACAUCCUUUUUAGUGAAAGUAAGGACUGAAGGAAAGAGGAGGAAGUUCAGCCAUGAGGAAGGAAUUCUCAUCUGGUCAUCAUGACCUGAAGUAACCUGACAGAAGGUCCAGAGCACUUCCUCUUUUUUUCGUACAGCUUUAUCUGAGAAAUGUGAAGCAGGAUAAACAACACACAUGGUCUUAUCACCUCUGGAACAACAAUGUAAAGUUUGAGUGGAUAUGUAUAAAGUCUUUAUGAUCUACAGAUUGCAAAAGGACUGAGGCUUGAUAUUUAUACUGUAUUAUGACUUUCUGUCUCUGUAUUUUGGAGGCAGUGCACUAUCAGAUGCUCCCUUUUAUACUUCAUAUCCCAUAAUGGGAUAAAAACUUGAUCAUAAACCUACAGGUCAAAGUUGCAUGUUUAUGAAAGCAGAAUCACUUUGCUAUCAGCUAUUGGACCAUAAAACCAGGAAACUAAUUUGGAAACUGAACUCUGAUAGAUGUUAAGGGCAGAGCUCCUGAAAAUUUUAGAACAUUAUGGUAGCUUAAGUUGGUUGUUGCUUUAAAGUGAGGAGUCCUUUUAAUCACACUAGCUCUCCACAAGUUCAUUAAUGUACUAUAAUUUCCUAAAAAUGCAUGAUUAGGUGGUAAGAAGGAGGAUGCCCAAAAGGUGACACUGCCAGCAUGAGUAACAUGCAACUGUGUCCCAAAAUAAGUGACUGUUUGUUCUAGGAGCGCCAUCUUCAGGGUAAAAAAAAACUUCACAUCCAAUGCAGCCCACUUUAUCAUCUAUUACAGUGUUUAUUUUAGGAUGAUAUAGACUGCUUGAAUUCACAUGUAUUACACACACAGUUUUGAACCCUAAUCGGAAGUGAACGUGAGCAAAAACACAUAAAUCUAGGAUUUCUGAUACUUAAUAGAAGAAGAAGAAGAUGAAGAAGAAUUUAUUGAUCCCCCCUUAAAGGGAUAUUCCGGUGUAAAAAUAAUUUAGUGUCAAACACAUUGUAACACAGAGUUAGACACCCCCUCGUGAGAUGAAUGUUGCAGACCGCUUGUUUCUCUAGUUAAACCAACUUUAGUAUUGACUGCACAAUAGCAAUACACAGUGGUCUGAGGAGCCAUAAACAAACCUCAACCAAAAAGCCACUCUGUAGCUACAAAUAAUGAUCAGAACAGUACCUAACUUUAUCAACAGUACAUAUAGGGUCCAAGCCACGGCACUAGUCACCAAACAUCUUUUUAACUUUGCCUAAUUUCUUUAGCAAAGAGACUAAACACAACUCACCUACUCUCUUCCAGCAGCCACUUGUUUGUAGCUAGACCUUGGACUAGUCCAUUACGGACUGCUGCGAGGUGACGCAGCUCAAGGAAGAACAUUUAUGAUCAUUACUUUAUCAUUUUCUUGAAGUAAUAAUCACCAUAUUAAUCAUUUUGCACUGCAGACGCGGUAGUUCUUCUGCCGUAGCGUCUUGGUCUGAUUGCAUUUCCAUGAAGAAAUGAUCAAAAAAGUAAAAAUAAAAAUCCACAGUCUACUUAAAAAUAAAAUAUUAUCUAUACAAUUCUAUUUUAUGCUAUUCUUCUUGUUGAACUCUACUAUAUUCUAUAUCGUACUUCACUACUUGGUCCUAGUCUAAUGUAGUCUAUACCUUGAGUCUUACAUCUCUUAAGACUUCACUUGAUCAGGAUCAAUUAAUCACUUAAUCAAAUCAUUUCAGUAUGUUUUCGUAAGCAGGAGGGGUCAACAUCAGUCUAACAGCUCCACCUGCCAGAUCACUUUUGCACACACCUUGGCUCUUAAAGUACAAUUUACUGUCAGUAUUUAUAGCGUUGUGGUUUCUUUUGCUAGGCCAGGGCAUGUUAAACCUCCCAUCUUUAGCUCCUCCACAGCUGCAGGGGUGAGGUGUGUUGUUUCAAAUGUGACAAACCAAACCUCAACAUCCUUCAGCAACGCAGAAAUAAUGUUAUUGUGUGCGUGUGUGUGUGUGUGUUUUUGUGUCUUUGUGUAUGUGUGGGGGUGGUGUAUUGACAUGGUUUGUAACUCUCUGCUGCUGCUCUUCACACAUCAUUACCUAGGAGAACAUACACACUGCCUCAUGCACACACACAAACACGCACACACACACUUCCUGUUGUUAUCCGUGAGACCUCAGCUGGGAGUUAACCCUUAAAGCUCAACUGUCACACACACAUGCACACAUAUACGUGUACACACUUAUAAACACACCCAAGUUCAUCAUCUCACUCUGUCUUGGGAAGGUAAACCAGAACAGGAAGAAAGGAAAGAAGGAGGACAGGAAAAAGAGAAGGAAGAUAGGAGAGAAAGGAGGAAAGGGGAUUAGGAAAGAAGGAAGGGGUGCAGUGAAGGAGUCACAUCACACGUACACUGACUCAUCUCUGUCUUUUCUAGGGAGGUAAACCGGAUCUGAACACAGCUCUGCCCAUCAGACAGACGGCCUCCAUCUUCAAACAGCCCGUUACCAAGGUUACAAGUCACCCGGGCAACAAGGUGAAGACAGAUCUGCAGAGAGGGGCUGAGCAGCCCAGACAGGUAAGACACUCUCUCUCUCACACACACACACACACACACACACACACACACACACACACACACACACAUUGAUGUCUCCAUGGUAAUAUUUGAGGGCAAGGUCAGGGUUAUUAAGCAUGAGAUGAUGGAGGAGAGCUUGUUGUCAUGGUGACUGCAGCCACUAGAGAGCGCUGUGGCCUCAUGGGAGGUAAACUGUGACUCCUAUAGUGUCUAUGACCUGCAGAAAGAGUGUCUGUAUCAAACUUUACUGUUUGCCGACCCCUGAACGCAGGAAUUAGCGAUGGUGGCUGAAGGCAGGAGAGGCAGAGUCCUACAAACAGCAGGCAGGAAGAAGCACAAGUUCAGCUCCAAACGAAUCAAUAAUCCAGCAUUUCCUGCAUGUUUGUAGAUGUGUAGAUGCUAUAAAUCCUGUACAGCAUUUAUGAAUUUUAUUGGGUGUAAAGCUACUAUAUUGGCAGUAAGUUGAGCUCUAAUUUGAGACCUUGGUGGAUAAAGCUGCACUUCAUGGAGCUCCUUCACUGUAAAAGCCUUCAAAUGGUUGUCACUGGCAUACUCGGGAUGUGAGGUAGCAGCAGUGUGAUGAAAUUGGUUUUACAGUAUCUUAAGACUGCGGCAGAAUCCAGUUUAGAACAGAUCUGAACACAAUAAAGCUGAGAUUACACAGUCUGUCUAUGUGUGUGUGUGUGUGUGUGUCUGCAGCUGUUCUGGGAGAGAAGGUUAAAAGGUCUCCGUUCAUCAGACGUCACAGAAGAAGUCCUGCGGUCGAUGGAUCUGCCCAAAGGACUGCAGAGUAAGUCUCCAACCAAACUUCUUAAAGAUUUGGGACCUGGCUAGGUUGUGGGAGGUGUUCUGGUUUCUAGUUGUGGUUUGUUUGUAGCCUUGAGUGGUAUUGACCAUUGACUAAUCGUAGGAGUUUUGGUGCAUGCAAGAAAACAGCCAGUAUGGAGAGCAAAAUCAGGCAGUUAGCACUCUACGGUAAUGGCAACACACCUCCAACCAGUAGUAAAUCUAAAUCUAAUUUUUACUAUUAAUUGAUAUCUGCAUGAAAGCGCAACUAGUAUCCUGCUCAAGAUCAUCAUUUUAUUCUGAAGGAGAAAUCCGUUUGAAGCUGCGUCACUAAAGAUGUUAUAAUUUUGGAUUUUUCUACCUCCCUGAAUUCAUCAGAGAUGAUGUUCUUGUAAAUAAAUCACAGGAAUUAGUUUCUUUUUCAGGUUUGUGUCACUGAAGUGAGCUGAAGUGAAGCCUUUGUGUAACUUACAUUUACAUUGAAACUUGGAGCGCAGAGACAGGUGAACAAGUUCACCUCUGUGGGGACGUGAUGAACUAAGAAGUAACAGUGUUUAUAUUUCAGACAUAUCUGAGGAAACAAAUUUCACUUCACCUCGUUGCACUGCUCAAGUGAUUAUUGGACUGUCAACACUACAGCACACAGGAAAUGAAUGUUUUUUAUAACCAACUUUGAACUGCAAGAGCAAUACUGAGGAGAUGGCUGUAGGGAUGGGCGCUGAUAAGUUUCUUUAUUGAUUUAAUAAUCAAUUCUUGUUGGUUUUCCAUAAGCUCUUACAGGUUUUCUGCCAACUACAUCAUUUUUAGUCAGAGUUUUAUGACUUUCUCUUCUCACUCUGCUGAAAUAAGGAAGCCUCACUCUUGUUUGGGCAUUUUACAGAUCAGCUGAUCACAGAUACAGCCUCAUAUUGGAUGCUAAGCCAAAACAAAGAUAGCAGUCUUCUAUUGACAGCCGGCUAACAGCAGUUAUCUCUAAAAGUAAUUCACAACUUGCCAUUACCUUCAAUUUUGAGAGUCUGGAUCCAGACAUUUUGUAAAUACACUGAUCAGGGGGAAAGAAAGGCCUCACACUUCACAGAAACACGAAAGAGUUUAUCCCUGAUAGCUGUCAUUUUCUCUGAGAGUCCAUUUUUACAAAAAGUACUGCUCUGAUUUUUGAGCUGAUAUUGUGAGCAAAACAACAUUUAGUUUAAUAUUACAGCAUUUUUGAACUUUAGAACCUGUGCAAAAAAGUGAUUGUACACAAUUAUAGUGUGCACACAAGUUAAAAUCUAAUUUGUAUAAGAUACUAUUUUUGUGCACAUUAAGGACUAUGUUACACACACACACACAUUUUGCACACAAGAUGACUGUAUUAGUGACUUUUUUGUACAAGAUGAUCAUCUUACACAUGAUGAAUAUUCAGAGCACACACAUUAAUAACUUUCAUGCACAAGAACAUUAUCUUGUGCUCACAAGAUUGUUCUGCUAUGGGCACAAGAUAAUUAUGUUGCACAUUUAACAAAGUAAAUCUUGUGUACAGUAUCAUGAUCUUGUACGUGCAAGAUAAUAACUUGUGUUUGAUAUAAAAGAUAUGUACUUUCUGAGAAUUAAGAGACUCCGUUACAAUGUGCUGUGAUUUUGUUUGCUAGGUAAGCAGUACUCAGUAAAAGGCAUCAAUCACGGAACCGUUAAGCAUAAAUCCAAAUGUUGCAGGCUUGAAAUAGUUGGAACCGGCUUUCAAUCUGGGAUUGGUUUUCGAUUCCCAUUCCUUGUGAGCCAGUCAUUCUCAGAGACAUAUCCUAUUACCAGACAACGGCUGAUGGGUCAUAAUUAAAGACUGUAUAUACUAUGGACAACUUGGUUCUGCCUGCCACCAGUUUACGGAUUUGAAGCCAAAAAGCUUUUUUUAUUUCCCCGUUUUUAUUUCCCCCGUUUUAUCUCCACCAACAUUGCUUAGCAGCAUUGUACACAUUCAGCGGGAGAAUCGCCAAGAGUUGCUGUGAUGACACUCGGCUCAAACAGCGUAUCCCCGGGUGAGCUACACAAUCUUCGUACGCCCAUAGGCUGUAUCAAGUGUCAAUCAUAGAAAACAUGAACCCCCUUAUAACUUUUAAAAAUGGAGCUGUACAGAAAAAAGAGGAUUUCAGCAAAAAACAGUCUUAGAGUAACUACAUGUCAACAUUGCAAGCAGGGGGGAGAAAAAUUUAUAUUCUGUGGAAUAAAUUUCUAAAGUUUGUCCACUGCUCCAUAAGGAUGGCUGGCGGGGGUUGGAUUUAUGACCUUUACUGCAGCCCGUCACCAGGGUGUGCUGUUCUCCGAGUGGCUUCACCCAGACUCUGUCCGUUCUAUAUACAGUCAAUGGUCAUGAUCUGAACACACCAACCUCAAACGGCCCCUCUGACCUUUGUGACCUCUGACUUCUCUCUGCAGGUGUUGGUCCAGACUCCAGCGAGGACACUCUGCUGUCAGCCAUCGCCAGCGCUCUGCACAUGAGUUCAGCUCCUAUCACAGGGCAGACGUCUGUGGCUGCAGAGAAGAACCCGGCCAUCUGGCUCAACACGUCCCAGCCGCUCUGCAAGGCCUUCACCGUCACUGACGAGCACAUCAGGUAUUACUGUCUUUAAGUCUGAUAGUGGUUUCUACUGUCUCUGCAUUCUUUGCAAAGCACCUACAACAUGCCACAAACAGUCCCUGAAAAGCGCUUCCACUCCUGUGGCUAACAUCCAGGAUAUCUUCACAAAAAGGAGCAGCUAAAGGCUAGAUCUCUCCUUCUCAGUGGCGUGCUCUUGUUGUGAAGGUGAUACUUCUAUAUCAGUUUUCCUGGUGUGCUCCUUUCGAAAAGAAGCCAGUGCUAGCUGUGCAUUCAUUGAUGUGCAGGUUUAAUGGUGCCAGUUUUAUGACAAUAAUGACUCUCAGGGAUGAUCAGCCAUGCAGAGUAAUGUGGCUGUAACCGCUGCUCUUUAGCCAGAGGACUUAUCAGAGGUUUUUUAUGGUGUCAGCUAAUAAUUAAUUAACACUUCUCAUUUGUGCCCAGCUCUUUUAAAAUGUAACACCGGCGUCAUCACUCCUGGCUUCAUUUUCGGCUUUACUUUUCCGACCUCCGGUGUAUUGCACUCUGAAGAUGAAAGAGUAGGAAGGAUCUGUCUUUUAGGGGUGAAUUAUUUAGAAAUGCCUCUGUCUUUUAUCUUCGUAUUUGUUCUCUGACUUGCAGGAAACAGAAGACCAGAGAAACAUUUAAAGAGUUUAGAUUCAUUGCAAAACAAAAACCAAAACAACCAACAAUAUCUUAAUCUGAGAACAACUCACAGAACAAGGACUUGCUUUACAAGGGAGACUGAAGAUUUGGCAAACAGCAGACACUAUCUGAGGGUGUUUAUGCUUAUUGUGUUUGAGAAAAGGGGCCAUGAGACAGGUUCACUGUAUCCACGCUCUCUGUGAGUAUGCUAGCAGAAUAAAGGCUGGGGCUCUAGAGAUAUUGAGUGCGAAGGUCAGAAAUCGAUGCAUAAAUAUUGUAUUAUCACAUGCUAUUUCGUCCCCUUUUGCACAUCACAAAAGCCAACUGGGCCCUGUUUAGGGGUGUGAGAAUCACCACAGAAAUGUGAAUCAAACUAAAUGGAAGAAGAUAAAUACAUUGCCUACUAAGCUGACAGCAGGGAUGUCUUCAGGUUGGCAUAUUUAGACCAGUCUUAUGCUGAAUCGUCACAGGAAAAGUACAAAUGCAGAAAAAACAGUAUUCCCAAAUAGCCCUUUCAUAGUUCAUGAUAUCAAGCACUCUCAAAACAACAUCACACAUUAUAAAAAAGUGUUAGGCCACCAUAAUUUUCAUGACAAGUGCGUAAAAGCCAUGCUGUCUUUUUUCCUCAUGUGCUCAGAUGCUCCAGGAUCCUUGGAUGCACCAUUCAGAGUUUGAGAUUUCUCUGCUCUUUUCUGCAUCAGCCUGUAACAAAAGCCUGGCUGUAAUUUUAGAUGUGAUGGAUUAUCUCCCUCUGCUUUUCCUCUAAAUUUGUCAGAUAAUGAAGUGAGGGCACAAAGGAGGUGAGACGCACAGAGUGAGGGAUGAUGGACAGAGGAGGAAAGGAGUUUAAUGAUGUUAAACGUAAAGAGGCAGAUUAAUUCUCCACAUCAGUUCACAGAGACAAUUACUGCGGUGUGACAGCAGGGGGCACUGUGGACUAACUCUGACUGACAGACUGACUCAGUGUGUGUGUGUGUGUGUGUGUGUGUGUGUGUGUGUGUGUGUGUGUGUGUGUGUGUGUGUGUGUGUGUGUGUGUGUGUGUGUGUGUGUGUCCAGUAGCAGAGAACAGCUGGCUGAAGCCAUUACAGUGGAAUCACUGGAAUCCAUCACCUCAUCCUCUCCUCUCCUUUACCCUUUCCUUACAAUAAAUGAUUCCUUCCCUCCUUCCUUGCCUUACCUUCCUCCUGUCUUUCUACACCAUAAAUCUGUUUCCUCCUCUCCUUUCUCCUUUUCUUUUACCUUCUCUCUUUUACCAUCUUACACUCUCUUGGUAAAAUCUCUUCUUUUCAUAUUCUUUCUUUCCCUAUUUGAUUAUCCCCUCAUUUCUGUCCUUCCAUUUCUUCAUCUUGUUCCCACCCGCCUUCUUUUAUACCUUUAAUGUUCUUUUUUGUGUUUGUUCGUUUCUUCUUUUCCUUGUUCAACAUCCUCUAAUCUUCUUUCUCUAUUUCCUUUUUCCCUUUUCUUUUACUCCUUCUGUUCACCUGAUUGUCUCCUUUUCUGCCAUCAGCCUUUCUUUCUUUUUUCUCUUUCCAUACUUUUCCUUCUCUUCACCUUUCCUUUUCUGCACUCUUUCUGUCUUUCUUCCUUCUUCCAUCUUUUUCCUCACCCAACAUUUCAUCUCCUCCCUUUCUUCCCUAUGUCCUUUUUCGCUCUGUCUUCCUUUUUUUAUUUGUCGUUCCUUCCAUUACUUCUUCCAAAUUUCACUCCUUUCUCCAUUCUUUCUUGCCAUUUCCUCUUUUCUUUCUCUUCUCUCCUCUCCUUUUCCUUAUCUUUUUCCAUCCUUCUGCCCUCACUUUCCUUACAUCUUUUUUCCUUUCCUCCUUCCUUCCUGUCUUCCUUGUUUCUUCUUCUUUUCUUCCCUUUCUUCCUUUCCUUCUUCUUCCAUGUUCCCGUUAUUUCCUUCUCUUUUUCCUUCUUUUUUAAAUCUCUUUCUAUACUUUCUUCAUCACUGUCUUUCUCUUCUGUCUUUUCUUAAUGUACUUCCUUUUUCUUUAUUUAUUCUUCCUCUUUCAUCUUUUUUCUCAGUUUUUCUCUUUUCCACCCUUCCUUUCUCCCCCUUUCUUCCAUCCUUCCUUUAUCCCUCCAUUUCCCCUUCUUUUCUGUACUCCUUUUUUCUGCCCUUCCUCCCUUUUCUUUUUUCCUCGCUUUUCUAUAUUCCUAUUUUCUCCUCCCCACCUGUCUUCCAUUAUAUCUUUCCUUCCCUUAUUUCCUUUGCUCUGUUUAGCUUCCUUAUCUUCUUCCGCUCCACAUUUCUUUGCCCCUUUUCAUCCUUCCUCCACCCUUUCUUCAUGACUCCAUCCUACAAAUAUUGCAUUUUUGUCUUCUUUCUCCCUUCUUUGUUUUCCAUCUCUAUCUUUUUAUACCCCCUCCUCCUCCUCAACUUCCCUUUCCUCCCUCUAUCUUACCUCCUCUUAUAUCUCCUCCCUCCCUCCAGCCUUCCUCCUCCUCCCCCUUUUCUUAUCUCUCUCCUCCAUUAAUUUCCAAUUCUCUUCCUCUUCCCCUCUCUCCCUCUCUCCGGCUGAAUGUGCUUGUCAUCCUAAAUGGCUCUCAUUCCUCCCCCACCUCCUCCUCCUCUUCACCUUCCCUCUUCUUAUUCCUCCUCACCUGCUUAAAACAUAAAUGCCUCCCCCUCUCAUCAUAUAUUUUUACUUCUUUCACCUUGAUUUGCAACAUUUCCUCUUAGCUAUAUUUAAGUACACUCAAGCUUUUUAUGUCGGAAGACGAGGGCAGACGAUCUGAACAGCCAGAACCAUCAUCAUCAAGAGAAACGUGCUGCUGCAUCCCUUCAACUUAGAGAGAGACAUUAGAGAUGUAAUGAUGAGGAGUCAAGGAGAGACAGCACCCUCUGGUGUUUGAAAAGAGUGUCGAAGUUUUCAUCUCACAGAUUUAAAUGUUUGUACCAAUUACCAACCAUCUCAUAAAGUUCACUUUCAUUCUGAUUCUGAUUAAAUACUGUGUGACUUUGCCUCGUUGCAUUUUCCCUGCUGUUUUUUUUUUUAAUACAGAUUCGGUCUCAGAUGACGGCCCACGGCCUGUCUCCUUCUUUUUAUUACUGUGUUGGUUUAAGAAAAGGAGGCGGACAUCUCCACUGUGUUUGUGACAGCAGAAAAAAACAUAGAUGUCUCCUCUGAAGAGAUGGUGUCGGUGUAUCUUCUUUGUUAUUUAUGGUCAAUUUGAGGUCAAGGAGUUGGAUCGACAGUUUAAUCAACAACAAAAACAAGCAAAACAAUAUGAGCACAAAUAAAAACAUCCAUGGACUGACAAUAUAACAGCUUUUUUGUGCAUCAUUAUGUAAAAGUAUUGUUGUAAAUGUGUCUGCAGGGAGCAGGAGAUGAAGGUAUACCAGGCCAGGAGGAGUCUGGAGGAGGCGUUGAUGGCUGACGGUUUGGCGCGGGCCGCCGAAAACACCCGAGAGCUGCUGGAGGGGAAGACCGCCUGAAGACGGAGAAGAGAGAGAGAGAGAGAGACAGGUAAACAGUAUUUUCAUAAACAACAACAACAUAAUAAUAAUUAGGAACAGGGAGCUGGUUUGGUGGUCCAGACAUGGCCCAGUUCUUCAAGAGGAAUCUGAUGAGAUUAAAGCUCAUCAAAAGAAAAUAAAGACUAUGAAAUUAUCAGGUCAAGAAAGGCUGGCCACCUCACUGGGCCUGAACCCACCCGAGACUGAAGUAAAAAGUUUCAAUUCAAAAUUUGACUGUAGAGAGACCACCCUGCUUAUCAGCUCUCAGGUCAAAGCCAGCAUCCCUGAUGGUGUGGGGAUCAUCAGUGUCUGUGUCUUGGGUAGUUUCCACAUCUGUAAAGUUUCCAUCAAUGCUGAACAAUAUCUCCAGGUUUAGGAGUAACAUAUGCUGACAUCCAGACAAAGACUUUUUCAGGGAUCAUCAGAUUCUGUAUUUAAUUUACAUUUGACUCAACUCUUAUGGUCUCAUUCAUCAAGAAGGUGUUAUAAUUACACCACGUCUGUAAUAAAAAAGGUGGUGCAUAAAAUCUAUAUUAACUUAUUACUCUUAAGGGUGCAGGGCUGCAAUGACUGAUGGGUAUUCCUGCUUUUUAACUUCUGAUAAAGUGAGUAACAUUCGUUCAGUUUUCUCUACUUUCUUCUGAUCCUUUUUGCACCCGGCGGUUUAAAAACGGACUUACCUGGAGUAACCUCAGUGGUGCACCUCUCAGGAAACUCCUGAGGGAUUACAAUGUGAAAAAAAAUACCUUUCAUGUUAGCAGCAUUUCAACUUAUAACCUACAGCAUCACACUUGACAAACUUCGUAGCUGUACAACUGCUUAAAUAAAGAACUACUAAAGUACGUCAGAGGUGCUCUGAAUUACUCAAUAUUUGUACUGCAGUCUGAACGUGAGCAAAGUUACAGAUCACAGCUUUAAAUGUCUCCAACCAUGGAGAAGUAGAACCAAUCUGCUGCUCUCUGUGUGUGUGUGUGUGUGUGUGUGUGUGUGUGUGUGUGUGUGUGUGUGUGUGUGUGUGUGUGUGUGUGUGUGUGUGUGUGUGUGUGUGUGUGUGUGUGUGUGUGUGUGUGUGUGUGUGUGUGUGUGUGUGUGUGUGUGUGUUUGUUGUGAAUGCUGAUGUGAUUCUUGGCGUCUGAUUGAAACUCAGCCAUGCAGCAGGCAGUGUGUGUGUGGGUGUGGGUGUGUGUGAUUGAUGGGCUGUGGGCUUGUUGUCGGAGAAUGUGUUAAUGGUUAAAGGAAUAUGUGUAUAUAUGUGAGUGUGUGUGUGUGAGUGCGUGUGUGCAUUGUAUUACAGUUUGUUUAGUUAUCGGUUAUAUUUCACUCUGCAGAGCCGGUAAACAAAACCAAAUUAAAAAACAUUCACUCUCUCAAGUUCUCACAUCCAUCCAUCAUCCUUCUGUUUCCCUGCCGCUCUUCCAGGUCAGGGUCUCUAUUUAAAGGAGCCGCAACACAGAGCAGGGAUUGUUCUCAGAGUGUGGAGGUUUAGCAGCAGAGCAGGAAAAAGUAAAGUUUUGUUUUUCCUUUACUCAUCUGAUGUCUGCAGCAUGGAUCAGCCUAACUUGAUCUGAUUUUAGCUCUUAAAAGAUCAUGCUUUGACUGUCUUAAUGGAAUAACACAGGUUUAUCUGAGAAACAUGAACAUUAUUGGUGAGUUUUAUGGAAAUCUAAGCUAUAACAGUUGAAUAAAAGUCAACCUUACUUUGUUAUUGGCAUUCAGAAUAAAGCAUUUUGAAUUUGUAGUGUGAGGGUUGUUUCAGACUGGCAGCACGUCGUCAUGACAUCCACACAGACUUCGUGAGUUGCUGCUGUUAGCUUUGUCUUUUCAUGCCACAAAUUACAUAUAAUGACAUCUUUUAGCGUGUUAGGUAUAUGUACAUACUCAUGGCUCUCCACUUAAUAGGCUGUUUGGCAUGGAUUUAGAUGGUGCUGGAAAUGGCUGUUUCAAUGCACAAAGCAUGCUGGACAUAAAGUAGGACCUCCAAGUCUUGCAGAUCCACUAAUUAAUGCUUUUUGCCUCACUAGGUUUAAUAAUAUUUUUUUUUUUUUUUUUAAUCAUGUAAAUAAACCUUUUCAAGCGCAGGUUUGAUAGAGAUGCAAGUGAAUUGGUAAGCCUGUAACAAUGAUUAGCACCACUGUACUUAGCUUAAUUACAGCCCAGAUAUCAUGCAGAGAGGUGAUAACAGAGUGAACCAGAAAAAGCCACACGUCUCCAUAAAAAUAGCACAGUGCUGAACACGGAGGGAGUAUUCAUGCAGUGAACAGUUGGACAGUUUCUUGUACAUUGGAGGGAAAUACUGUAUAUUUGGGGCCUUACAGUUUCUGUCGUAACCUGAUUUGAUUGUUAAUUAAUGUUUAUUAGCACAUCAGGGGAUGGUUUUAGGUGUUCUACAGGUUUCAGGGGUUAGAUUUACCUGCAGAAUAAGGUGCUUAAUUUACAAAUAGGUGCCAAAAAAAAAGGUGCGGAGAGAAGCAGAGAAUGAUAGGAAUUGCCGAUUCUGUCCAAAUAUUAACAGAGACUUGAAGAAGAAGCUUUAAUAAAGAGUUUCAUAAGUGACUUCUUUCACCAACUAUCCAGACCAUAGACUGUAUAUAUACUACAGACAGCUUGGCUCCGCCUCCUGUCAUUAUACGAAUUUGAAGCUGAAUUGCUUUCGGUAUUCCAGGUAUUUUUUUCCAAUCCCUGGAUCCACUACUUGCGCAGUAGCAUUGCAGGGGGUAGAAAAAAUUUAUAUCCUAACCCUUUGUAAUAAAUUUCUAAAGUUUGUCCACAGCUCCAUAGGGAUUGCUGGAGAAGGCGGUGUUUAUGACCUAUACUGCAGCCUGUCACCAGAGGGUGCUGUUCUCGCGGUGGCUUCACCCAGCGAGGAGGCAGACGGCGUCCAUUCUAAAUACAGUCUAUGAUCCGGACCCAGACAAAUAUUUAGAACAAAAGCAACAUGCAGAAAAAAGAAAUGAAGCCAUCAUCAUGAUCAACAGACAAAUUGAUAUUGACUAAACCCAAGUAGAGAUGACUUCUCAACCACCUUUAUAUAUCUAGUGUUUCACCUACACAACCCCUCGUUUCCAUUAUAAGUUAAAAACAAUCUGAGUUUGAUAAUAAGAGCAGAUCAGAUCUGUAGCUCCUCUAUGACUUCAGGGUUGUCAUGAUAGAGAUCUAAGCUGCAGUAACUCUGAUUGGACACGCUGCCUCAUGGAGUAGCCCACGUUCCUGACCAAUAUUAUAGCUCUGAGGGAUGAAAAACUUUCUCAACUUUACCUUGAACUGAAAUCAGGAUCAAAGAUGAAGUUUCAUCUCUGCUCUGGCACUUCCACCAGCCGCAGCACCCCCGCUCUUCUCUCAACUCUUGCUGAACUUGCUGAACGGCGGUUUUGUUUUGUAGAAAGUCACGCUGUUGUUUCUCAUCAUGACAUUUGCAGAGAAAUAUUCACUCAUUUUCCCACCAUCUCCUGUCCAUUAAUCUGUGGAGGGGUCAGGAAACAGAUCAGAAAUAACAUCAUUACUUCAGAAUCUGUCAAGAAUGAAAAAAAGUACACGGGGGAUUGAAUGGUUUGUCUUUGAACUGAGUUUGACCCCAGCUGUUGUUUGGUAUGAAUUUAUUCCUUUGUCCAAGGUAUUUGGGAAAAGCAGAAUCUCCAAGUCUUAGAACAACUGCACACAAGGACUCAGCAUGUGGGGUCUCUUGAGUGAUGUUUCAAGCAAACCUGCUCUUCAUCAGACUAAGGUAGCGAUGUCCGGCACCAUCUUAUAUGCACAUGAUCACAAUCACAAAGGGCCAUAACAUGAUCAAUCUUAAAAAAAAAACACACACACAUACCACAACCAUGUUAGUAAGCUCAGUCAAAGAAGUCAAGACCAAAAUAAAAAAGAGGUUGACCACGCCUGAACAAAUUUUUCAUAGAUUAACCAACACCCCCCUUCACAGUCACAUCACUCCCACUCGUCUCUCCCUACAUUGGCUCCUUGUUAAAUUCAGGAUUAUUUUUAAACUUUUAAUGUUCGUUUUUAAAUCUAUCCACGGUCUUGCUCCAGUGUAUCUGUCCGAUUGCAUAAAGCUGAGACGACACUGUAGAGCCCUUUGGUCCUCAGAACAGCCUCUUUUGGAGGUUCCUUCUUCAAGUUUUAAACAGUGGGGGGAUCGUGCCUUUUCUAUUGCGGCCUCGAUAUUGUGGAACUCCCUACCCCCUGAAUUACAUUUUAUUAAUGACCUGGCACUCUUUAAAACCCAUCUUAAAACUCACCUAUUUAGAUAUAUAUAUAUAUAUUAUAUAUAUUUAAUUGUUUCUAUGUUCCCUUUCCGUUAUAUCUCAUGAUAUCCUGUGUCAUUUGUCACUUCUCAUGUAUUUUCUUUUUUCUGUAUUUGUAUAUUCAACCAUGUAUUUGUUCUGUAAAGCACUUUGUUCAUCUCUUCGGAUGUUGUAAGGUGCUAUAUAAAUAAACAAUAUUAUUAUUAUGAUUAUUAUUAUUGCAGUAUUUCAUGGCCACAAUAAUCCUGAAGGGGAAAAUCCGACAGCUCUAACUUAGUGCUAAGUGUAAGAUUUUAGUUGUAAUAACCUUUAAACUCUCUCAGCUGGCGCAGCAUCUCAAACAUUCGGAGAGUGCAAACUCUGUCCUAAAGUAGAAACUGUGUGAAACUCUAUAUUUUGAACUUAUGCACAGUUGGUGCAGCCCAGUGCCGUGCUGGCAGACAUGGUUGAUGUCUUCUUUCUACACUGAGUUAAUCAUGUGCCUCUUUUGGACCGGUUGGCAUAAACAAAGAGUGGAAGUUACACAGGAUGACUUAUCAGUCGUAGAAAAGCCUGAUAAUGUAAUGUCUUCAAAUGAGGACACAGUGUCGAGCACGUCUUUCCUCUACUGCCAUCCUCAGGACAGCUUUUACGUUUCCAUCUUUAUCACUGCUGAAGCUCUUAGAAAUCUAAAUCAUCAGCAUUUGUUUGUCCAGUCAGACUCAUAUUUUCUCUGUGAGUGCUGCUGUGGUGAUGUGUCUGUCAUGAUAAAUCUUUUAUUAAUUGAAGCUGUGGUGGUGGUGUGUGUGUGUUGUCAGAUAGAUGGUGUGUGUGUGUCUCUGGUGUUUCCUCUAAAAGCCGACAGAUAAGGAGGCGUUUUUUAAAGCACAUUUGUUUUCUGCAGAGCGAGAAUCGUCCAUUAAUGCAGAUUUAUGCAGAUUGGCUGGAUGGAAGUCGUUUGGGCGAAAAGAGCCGCUGAGAGCCGAGGAGUGAUUACUAAUGGGUUUUUAUAGCUGGACUGGAGAGAGAGGGCAGCGGCCAGCCUGUGUGUGUGAGUGUGUGUGUGUUUGUGUGUGUGUGUGUGUGUGUGUGUGUGUCUCCUGGGCCGGUGAAACAACCAUUUUAAAUCUUCACAGAAAUCUCUAACUGCUCAGUUGGUUUCCUGCUGCUGUGACUCUUGUUGCUGCUUUCUGCUAAUUUAUUUAUGUUGGUUUUAUUGCUGAGUUGUUCUUCUCCUUUUGUUUCGCUCUCUCUUGGACACACAGUGCAGUAGGUGGCAGUAACACGCUAAUGCUACCUCCACCCUGCAGAAAUGGAAACAGAAACGGAAACAGGUCCAACACCCUGACUUUGUCGUUAAAAUCAAAGGUGUUGGCUUGUGAUAACAGAUUUUUACAGCUCAAAAUUUCUAUUGCUCAGGCUAAAGCGAUAAACCUACCCUGGAUGAAAAAAAAAACAUCCUCAUGCAUAAAAGGGGAAAAAUUAUCAAUUCAAGCAGGAAAAAUGUCUGACUAUUGUGUAUCACUUGGUGUCAAAUCAUUACUAAAUGCUCCUGAGUGGAACUCUCUAGUUGUGUCAUGAGAUGGGACUAUUUAUGCUAAGUCUGGUCAGGUCAGAAUCAAACCUGGGUUGUCCAUCUUGAUUACCAACACCGCUGUACAGAGGGCGGGUGAUUAAAUAGCUGAGCUGCACCCUAGUCUACUGAAGGACAGCCAGGGAACACGGUGAAAUGGUGGUGAAAGAGGAAAUGCAGAAACAGUUUUUUUUAAACACCCUUUUCAUCCAGAUGCAUGCAUUUAAAUUAUUUAGUUUUUCCAUCAGUCACUUCAUGGGAUGUCAGUAACUUAACUCACAUACUGCCACCUAGUGGCCAGGGAAAUUAAAAAUAGUUCCCAAGUGCUGAUUCUUCCUUUGGAAAAAAGUUAUGAUUGAUCACCUGUUCAUAUCACUAUUUGUUUGUAAGCAAUGAUAAUGUGAAGAGCACACCUUUAAGAUACACUCAGCAGGAAACCAACUGAGCAGUUAGAGAUUUCUGUGAUGGUAAAAUGUUUGCAUUAUCAGCUUGGGAGACACACAAACACACACACAGGCUGGCUGCUGCAUAACACUUUUUUUUCCUCUAAAUCAUUUGGUUAAUGUCAUCAAUUAAAAAAGUUUUUUUCCCCACCUGUACACAUCACUUUUGCUCCAUGUGUUUCAUUGUCCUAGCUAAUGGUCUACCAAAAAAAGUCAGCUGAUGUACAUAUCAUUUCAGUUUACAGUCAAAAACUACUGAAUAACUUCAAAACCUAAAGACAUUUUUUUUUAACUUAAAUUCAUGUACUAAAGUCAUUCCUUCCAUCUUGGGGGAAGGUUGGAAAACUAAAAAAAAAAAAGUGUUUUUUAAUUUUUUUAUUUCAUUUUUUUAAAUGAUCCUGUUAGGAGUUUGUUGAUGUUUAUGAAAGAGGCUAAAAAUUCAUAUUGAUGCUUUUCAUGGCAUACAAAAAAAAAAGACAAACAGUGAGAAGAUUGACAAUUUUUAUCUUGUAAUUUUUAAGGCCUGGGGGUUAAAUUCAGAUCAAACUCAGAAAUAAAACUGACAUCCCUUCUUUUCUGUCAUUGUGGGAAAGAGGAAGAAGAAGAGGACUCUAAAUGUGGCACUGCUCCUUUAAGUUGCAGACUGGCACUGUUAUCUGAUCGAGACUGAAGAUUCACUCUGCUGACUGAGAAAAGACUGUGACCGUUUGAUACCGCCACACAAACAGGCCAGCCUCUGUCUCUAAGUGUGUGUGUGUGUGCGUGUGUGUGUGGGUAUGCAUGCACGUGUGUGUGAGUGUUUGUGUUAGUGUGUGCGGGUGGGUGGGUGGGGGCGAUUAUUAGCUGUGUAUCUUGUAAUUUCCAGAGGAGCUGAUUCAGACUCCUGCAGCAUUUUUCAGCUGCUGGUAAUUAAUGGUUGUUGAGACACGGAGAAUUAUCUGCUUCAAAGUCAUUCACAAGGCCGAUAACUGCUGAGUGUGAGUGUGCAUGCUGUCAGUCAGCUGAAUUGCCUCGAUUAAGCUGCAGAUUAUCAGGAUUUUCUAAUUAUUAGGGAGUAAUUAAGACUGAGCUGAGGAUUAUCAGACCGAAACAUGAAAAUACUGAAGCACUGAAAGGCAACAUUCAGACACAGACAUGUUAAUAAGCUGAAACACUAAAACAAUGAAGCAGAAAAUAGGGAAACAAAGACUUGAUCAUAAAGGCUAUUUGGUGGGUUUGGGAAAGACUGAAGGAUUCACCUACAAUGUGUGGAAAAUAGACAAAAUAGAGACCACUAGCGUAGAUCUGGUGAUUCCCGUUAGACCAAAUAGGAGGCAGGAUCCAAGAAGAAGGAAUCAAAACGGAAAAAGAAAUCAUUUAAGUGCUUAAAGGAAAGGACUUAAAGUAAAGAAAGGGAUGCAAAAUGGUACGAGCAAGUGGUAAUAAAGAAUGCAAACAGUAAAAAUGUGUGUUAAAAUGGGAUAAUCAUAUAAAAAAACAAGUCCAAAAUUGAAAUAAAGUAAUUAAUCAAGAACAAGAACUUAAAAUAGAAUGAGCCAUUGAUGAGAUGCCAAUAGGUUUAUUUGAAGUAGAAAGCAGGGAAUCAAAAUUUUAAAAUUGAGUUAAAAAAAAAGAGGCAAAAACAAAGAAUACAAAGUGGGAAGAAGGAGGGUUUUCAUUUAGUCACAUGAAAAGUAAAGAGAGGUAAAAUGUCAAACUGAUAAAUUAGUAGAAGAGGGACUCCAAAUGGUGCAAUGUCGACUAUACUGGGAAAGUGCACAGCUUUUAAAAAGCAUCACAAGAAAUCAAAUGAGGGGAAAUGGCAAAGACGAAUUAUGGAUUUUGAGAGACUGAAGUUGAAAAAAGAGAAACAGAAAAAAAAGGACUCUGGGAUGUAACAAACAUUUAAAAGUCUUUCUAAAUGUAGCAAGUAGAAUUAAAAUGGAUUUUCCAAACAUUUAGAGGGAAUUCCAAAUGUAACAAGACAAAACAAAAUAGCAUGUCAAAGGAUAAGUCAAGGAAAGGGUAUUUGAAGAAUUUGUUAAAGGUUUAAAAUAGUACCAGACAAGGAGAGUCAGAGGGAGGACUAAAACUGGCUUAAUGUGAAAGUCUCACUAAAUUGGAUCCAAAAUGUUACAAAUUAGGAAUCUAUUUGAUUUAAUGUGGAAAUUAAUACAACAAUUUGUCUACAAAACAAACACUUAAAUGGAAAAUAAGCUGGAUCAGGAAUUCAAGUGACAUUGUGUAGAAUUAAAAGUAGAACUUUGGAGGGAUUCAAAUGCAUUUAAGAAUAUUUCCAGAGAAGGGACUCUAAAUUAAAAAGUGUGUUUCAUUAUCAAAGUAACUGAGCAAUAGAUGUAUUAUGUGGCAUCAGAUCAAAACUUCAGCAGUGUCAAAGGGAGAAAAUUAGAGAGAAGGGAUUCCAAAUGGCCCCUGGUAAAUUUUAACAGAAAGAGCCUGUGGAGUUUAGGGAUUCAAAUUGGAUUUGAAACGUUUAAUCUAGAGGAUCUCCCAAACUAGGACAACAAAAAAAGGGGUGAUUCAAACUGCACAUUUAGAUAUUUAAAAUGAAAAAAAGGAUGCACCAAAAUGGGUCAUUUAAAGGGUAAAACUGUGAAAGGGGGAUUACGGAUAGUACAAUCAAAAUGGAAAAGAGUUAAGAAUAUCAGUUUGGCAUAUAUUUUGUUAAUGUAUUUGAGCAAUUUUUGUAUUCUGACCUAAGUACAGGAGGCAGAAUGUGUUCAGGCACCAGGAGGCAGCCAAUAGGAAGAGGAACACAUGGUAAUAUUUGAUAUCCCUCCUGCUCUCUGUCCAAAAAAAAGCUGUACUCUGGUGUUUUUUGCAUAAUUGAAAUGUUUUCAGUCUGGUUGAAGGCCUCUGCAGACAGGCAUCCUAAUUGUAACCACACCUCCCUCUUUCAUGUAGCGUGGGGGAGGUGGUGUCGGGGGGUUAAUGAAGCUAAUGAUUAGCAUGGAGGCUCUCUACAUUAAUUGGACAUUUUUUCGUCCAGAGGCUGGGUGUUUAUAAUUCCACUGGAAGUGGGGGAAGGCGGUUUGCUCUGCAGAGAGUUUUUAUUAAGUGGGUUUUAUUAAGACAAGCUUAACGAAUCAAUUUGGUUUAAUGGAGAUUGGGCGAAAUGGGCGGAGUUUUGUUCAGAGGUCCCUGCAGGGAGCCUCAUGAUUAUAUUCACACUUUAUCUCUUCAUCAGUGUAGAGCUGAGUGCUCAUUAACACAAACACGUGUCGGUACUUAAUUGUCUGUGAAGGCUGCUUUUGACCUAUCCUUUCCUCCCUUCUCCCUUAACACCAAGCCUGACCCUCCAAAAAUCUAAUUUAUUUUCAGAAGUGUUUCAAUUCUGGCUGAGGUGAGAUCUGUGAAGAAAAAGUUAAUAGUUUUACUUGGAGGUGUGUAUAAAUUAUAGAUUUAUUUUCAGGAUUAAAAGAUUGUUGUCUUGCUUCACCCCUUGAUUUGCCCUCGUCAAUGAUUGGAUGUUUGACAACGUGAUAAAUUUCAUGUGAUAUAAGGAAUACUGCGUAGAGAGCAGGUAGUUAUAUGAACCAUAAUCACCAACAGAGUAAGACAGGGUGAUUAAGACCCCGUUGCGAAUAGGGCUGCGCGAUAUAUCGUUUGAGUAUCGUCAUCGCGAUGUACGUGUGCGCAAUAGUUAUAUUGCAGAGCUUGCGAUGUAGGAGGCGAAUGAACUCAUCUAAUUUACGGGUAGCUGACUGAGAUACACUGCAUAUGACUCUACCUACCCUGUUAGCCAUCACUCAAAAUCAGAGGUGGAAACCACGCCCCUGCACAUGGCCUGCGCAUGGAGUGAGUAGCUGUCACUGCCGGUUUUGUGUUGAGAAACGCAUUCCUGCCGAGAACUACUUUUGGAACAUUACUCAUCACUGUCUAGCCCCAACAAAUAGGAAUUGUAUGGGUUAUAAAUUGUACAUUUCCACAGACCACUCUACUAUAAGUGGUGCGUGUUUUGUGGGGUGCAUGCAAUUCUCAGCGGGCAUGCAUUUCUCGGCACAACACCGGUAACAACAACAAGGAUUGCAAAAUGAGCAACGAACAAGAAAAAAACGCUGAAAAUUAAGACUUGUUGCUAAAAAAAAAUAAAAGCAACGUCAGUUAUCUGGAAUUAUUUCGGUUACAAGAAGGAUGAUGUCGACCAAAUCACGUGUUCUGCAUCUGCAGUGUCUUUCAUCUGUUGCCACAAUAACGUCCCAGCACAAUAAAAGCAAACUAAAAAUAUCUCUAAGACAGACAGAAGCCAUUCUACUAACAUUCACAAAAAGAGGUAAGAUCAGCAUAGGUUAAUCAUCCACAAGAUUUAAGCAGUGCAGCACUGCAUAAAGUGCUAUUCAGGUCAUCUGGUGAAAAUUCUUGUAUUUUUUAAUAUCCCAAUAUAUAUCGCAGGGUUGAAAAACAUUGCAAUGUUAGUUUUUCCAAUAUUGUGCAGCCUUAGUUGCAAAGCUUUAUGACGAUAUUUCGUUCCUCUUUUAGCUCUCCUUCUUCUGGAAGCUUUGCAGUUGAUGCAAUAUAAAAGAGGCUAAUGUCAUAACUUUAACAUCGUAACUAUUUUUGCAACCACAUAAGGUUUGAGUGACUUUGUAGAGAUCCGAAGCUUAGAGCCAGCUCUGCUGUUGCAUGGAUUGCAGGACAGAAUGUUGCUCUGCUUUCCUCCAUCAGUACCAGUGUGGAUUGAUACGAUUCGGUGUAGCUUUUUCUGUAAUCACCUUUUUAAGGAGCCUAGACCAGCAUUAAGUAUUUAACACAGCUGGGUUAAUAAGAUGUGAAAACAAUGGAGCUGUUGACUUCCUGAAAAUGAAGGAGUUGCACUUUGACUGAGUAAGCUGAAUUAAUUGAGCGUAACUCUCAGAACAGAAUCAUACUGAAUACAAUUAAGGACAUGUGAAUAAAUAAUGUUGUUGUUUGACUCUGCCUACCAAACUGUGACAGGUAGAGGGCUAAGGAAGCCCACCCAGAGAGGUGAGGGUCUAAUUAAACCUCUGCAUAUGCUGUGCUUUUGUUCUGACAAGCUUUUCUAAAUGUUUGAAGUGUCUUCGCUCUUUGACAAAGAAACCUCAUAACUCAGUCAGAAUGCAAAUUAAUUCCCACGUGUCUGUUUUUCAAGUGUUAUUUUUUAAUCAAAACACAAUAGAAACUUGAACUUAAUACAAGGUCUGUGGAAUCACGGCUGAAAUGGUAAUCAGGAUUAGUAAGAUCAACACUGAGUCCAUGAUUAUUAAUCUAAAAAAGUGAUUAUUUUGGGGAUACUUUUUCCCACUGUUUAUCCUAAAAUCCCCUUUGCUGCUCACCUUUUGGACUCAAACUAAAUCUGUUCUGGCAUCUUCCGGCCCUCAUCAACCUAUUUUUGUGAAAUCUACAAAAUAUACCCACUUUUCCACACCGUCAGUCUUGGCUGAUUUCCUAGUGAAUGAAGGCUCCUGAGGAUUACAGAGUAUCCCAACCCAAAGGCCCAAAUGUUUGUUGUCUAAGUUUGGAGAUAAUUCAUCUGUGAUUGACAGUAUUUCACAAAAACUUGAUGUAACUUUUCCUUCCUCUGUUUCUUUCUCUUUCUCUAGAAUCUUUCUGUCCACCAGCCUCAGGUUUUUCAUCAUCAUCUUCCUCAUCUGGACAUCAAACCAAAAAAAAAACAAACAAACUACCCAGAGACAAAAACAUCACCCGCACUGAACCGUUAAUCUCAGCUUCAUCUCCACCAACAUGGAAACUGCAGUGAUUUUCCAGAGCAAUAGCAAAGACCGAAGCAAUAACUGCAUCAGAAAGAAAAGAAACACCAGCGGCAACAUGAAUGCGUCAACAAACACCAACAACGGAACCAGGAACAGGAACAUGGGGAGCAACAGCAGCAAUAUUUUACAGCUUAUAGCAACAACCGAAGCCUUUAACCUUCUCUGUGAUUUAUGAUAUGCACAAACUUUACAAUAAGCGCUUAUAAUCUCUCACUUUUCAAAUACAGAUGGAAGUUAUUUUCUUUGUAAUAUAAAGGUGAUGAAAUAAUAAUAAUAAUGAUAAUGAAUAACCCUCAGUGAUCCCAAAGUCAGGUUGCAAACUGCUGGACGGCUUUUGCUAACUCUUCUAACUCUAACUGUGCUUGAUAUUUUUGGAUGUUUGUGGUGUGUGACUGUUGUCAGUUUUAAGAAGUCUUCAGGGGUUUUAAUGAAAAAAUGAGAAUUUACAUGAAAUAUGAAAUAGAACAAUUGCUUAUUUAAGACAAAUUUUAUACCUUAUGAGGACGCAGUAAGUAUGUGUACAUUUCUUGGACUGGAGUAAAUAAAUGACUAUAUUCACA